AUGUUUCAGAGAGGGUUUCACCAGAGCGUGAAAAGCCUUGAGAGAACGGUGGUAUGGAAGGACUUUUCGAAGAGAUCUCCAUCGCUUUCUAUUGCAUCAGAAAGUGUGAAGAAGUACAUAUUUGAAGGCGGGAAAAGCGAGGAUGGGAAGGUGAUGGGCCCACCAUCUUUGAAGCGUAGAUUCAAUCGUGUGAAAUACAGAUCUCCAGAGCAUAUUGACGAGAUGUUCCAGCUGAGUUACGAGUUUAUGAGCAAGAGAGCAGCGGAGAUUUAUGCGAAAUUGGAGAAAGAGAGCGAUGGUUUGGUGCGUAGCCAGCUGGAAGUGGAGGCUGAGAAGCACAACCCCGAGGUGCAAUACAAUUUCCAGUACCAUGACAAGCUGGAGAACGACCGUCGGGUGAUAGACUACGAUGUGGCGGUGUAUAGACACUUGGGUUUGAAGCAUUGGGAGUCGUACGGACAGAUGCUUUUGAUGCAGAGAUUGGAGUCCUUGGGUGUGAUUCCGGAUACGAUGGCUACGCUUGCGCCUAAGGCGGAGGUGAACUUGCGGUUCCCAUUUUCCACUGGUGUGAACAAGUGGAUUGAGCCUGGUGAGGUGUUGUCUUCUAGUGUGACGUCGAUGGUUCCAACGAUAAAGAUCCAAGAGUACGAACACAACAUUGACUUUUCGAAGCAGAGAUACACGGUUCUGAUUGUGAACCCUGACGAGCCGGACUUGAUCAACGACUCGUUCAAGACGACGCUAACGUUCGGUUUGUCGAACUUGAAGAUAGAUUAUAACGACAACGUUGUGGAUCCAAGAAAGUACGAUGACUCGCAGGUUAUUGCGUCUUACGUGCCACCAGUGCCUGAAAAGAACGCUGGUAAGCAGAGAUUUGCCGUAUGGGUGUUCAGACAGAACGGCGAGCUGUCGGUGCCAGCCAUGUCCCCAGCGGACAGAGACUACUUCGAUAUCAGAUCGUUUGCGGCCGAACAUAAGUUGGAGCCCGUUGGUGCUCAUGUUUGGAGAUCCGAGUGGGAUUCGAACGUGGCUGCUGUUAGAGAGAAGUACGGCUUGCCAGAAGGUCGGGUCUUCACAAGAGUCCGUCGCACUACUGUAUGA